UUAAAUAGGUAAGCUAUGCUUGUUCUAGCUUGGAAAUUGGAAGCACAAAACAUGGGUUAUUCCACAUUGCAAGAAUGGUUAAAAGAGAUCUGACACCGCGUGCAAUGUGAUGUUACAGAGAAACUGAGAAAUUCCUUGGAUUACUUGAGAUCCUUAUUAAAUGAGCCUACAAAUUUUAAGCUAAUUUAUAGAUACGCAUUUGAUUUUGCACGGGAAAAGGACCAGCGCAGCCUAGAUAUAAAUACUGCCAAGUGCAUGUUAGGACUUCUAUUGGGAAAAACAUGGCCUCUUUUUCCAGUAUUCCACCAGUUCCUAGAGCAAUCAAAAUACAAAGUUAUCAACAAGGACCAAUGGUGUAAUGUGCUAGAAUUCAGCAGAACAAUUAACCUUGACCUCAGUAAUUAUGAUGAAGAUGGAGCAUGGCCAGUGUUGCUGGAUGAAUUUGUGGAGUGGUAUAAAGGGAAACAAAUGACAUAGGAGUUUACUAUGCACAGCCACUCAAGAGUCACUGUUACCACAGUUGUCAACCAUUAGCCAUAAACUGCUGUUUGUAUCAAAGCGCAUGCUGCUUUUCUUGCACUGUAUCCCUUUUGCAGGGAACUUUUGGUGUUUGCUAUUUAACAGGCCAGCUAUGCUUGCUGUGUAGCAUUGUUCUCUUUGAAGGCUGCUUCGCAUUUUGUAUUUACACUACAGAUUGGUGAGCUUGCCAGCAUCCUCACUGUGAUUAUGUGUAUAUUGCUGUCUAAAUUUUGUAUAUGUGUAUAAAAAAGCUUCACCUAGGGAUUAUUUCUGGAGAAAUGUAUUGUAAAAAUAAUUUUGUGGCAUAUUUCUAGUCACCUUCAAUGAACAUGUAACUUUUAGUUUUUGUUUUUCAUUUGGUCUCAAAUGUAGCGUUUCAGAAAACAAAAUUAAGACUGUUUGAACAUAGUUAUCAUGAGGAGGAACUGUUGGCAGUUCUAAUUUUAGUGUUUAAGAUGCCAAUUUUUGAGACAAGGAGAGGUGCAUUAUGAUUUUGUUCACAGGCAUAUGUCAAACAUCACUUUUGUUUAGUAAGAAGUAUGAUGUCUUUUUUAUUAUUAUUAUUAUUAUUAUUAUUAAAAUCGUAAUAGUUGUACAUGCCACAGAUGAUUUCCACUUGGAGAAGAAAGUACUGGCUUUUUAAUGUCAAAACUGCAGUAGUUUGAAUAUAGGUACAAGUGAACAAAUUAAAGUACCUUUUAAAAAUGGAUUUUAGACUUUUGUAAAUUGCCUUUGGCAUGUUCUUUUUAUUUUUGGUGUACCAAGACUAUUUGAACUAUGUUGCUACAAAGUGAAAUUUAAACUUUUUAUCUAAAAUUAGUGUUUAGCUGUGGAAUUAAGGCUCAUUAUUCCCAGCCAACAGUUAAACCUAUGUUUAGUUUCUGUUUGUAACUUUAGUUAAUAUUUCUCAUGCUAUAAUUUGUGUUUCUAAGUAAGUAAAAAUUAUAUUGAAUAGUGAAAGCUUAAGUACUUUCAUGCUGGGAAUUGGAUUUUCCUGGCCAAAUGUCCAUUGCAGGCAGUGGACACAUUAAACACCAGCAUUAAGGAGUUAAAUAUACAAUACCGUUAGUAAGGGCCACUUCUUAAUUUCAUUAAUUUGAUUAUCUGUAUAGGAAAGUUUUAGCCAUUUAUUUGAGGAAUAUGAGUGACUGGGACGUGUUUUAAGUUCUGUAUUUUGUCAUGUCAUCUUUGACUUCCGUUUCAUAAAAUAACAUCAGUAUUAAUUUUUUUCAAACAGAUUGUCAUAGUUUUUGGUGCUAUUAAACUCAUACUUUGGUCCCUAAGGAUUUGUGAACAUGGUCCCAAAAUGGUAUAUUUUAACAAAGUUGGCCACUGAAUAUUUUGGAAUAAAGCAGUAACAUUACUUUGCUGCAGAAAUAUUUUUAAAGGUAUUAGUAGUUUUGAAACCUUUCUAGAUUGUGAUCCAAAAAAGUACCUUAUGUUGAAUGUGAAAUUUUCAGCUGCACUGAAGGCACUAGUCUGCUCUUACUAAUGUCACUGGUAAAAUUCCUGUUCACUUCAGUGUGUGCAGAAUUAAGCCUAGUUGACCAAAAGCAUACUAAUCUUGCUGCUCUGGACCAGAGUCACAGUUCCUUUGCGAUAAGUGGUCAUUUUAUGUUUAAACUUUGUUUUUUCCCUAAUUCAAUCACCUAAGACAAAAGUUACAUAUGUAUAUCCAGUAUAUGCGCAUAUACAAAAUCUAUAAUCAUGUUAUGGUAAAAUGCAUAUACUGCCUUCCCCCACCAUGUUUUGUCAGGGAAUUAAAAACAAAUAGAAAUCUUAAAUUUCAUAGUGACAAAGCAUACAUAAUUGUUGCCUGUUUGUAAGCUGUUAUGUUAUAACAUGAUUUAAAUGUUUGAUGCCAGUUUGCACAAGUCAGUAAUUAAAUGGUAUGUGGUAUUUAAUGUUUACAAUAAGUUUCUUAUUAAAACACGUGUUUUAAUAAGACUUCUAAUGUAAAUGUAUAUAUUACAGUGAGUAUAGCCAUAGGGAAAAUAUCUGUGGAGCUACUGGUUUAGUUCUUUUAAAAAGUAAACUUGGAAGCAAUAUAGCUUGUAAAAUUAGGCUAAAUAGUGGUUGCUAGAAAACUAGGUAAAACCCUAUAAGUGUUCUUACAUGUUAGGCUAGUUACAAUUCCAGACAAGUUUUUAGCACAGUGGCACAGUUAAAAUACAAGAUUUGUUGCAUAAUGAAUUUUAUAUGUCAUGAAUAAUCUUGCUUCCAAUAAUGGAGGCAGAAGCCAAAGAAACUUGUAAUCAUUAUAGGUAUUACUCUCAUAAUCAGGGUCAACAGAAAUCUGUUCAGAUCACCCAGAUGUUUUUUGCAGAUUUUAUUGUGUUUAACGGAAUCUAAAAUUUAAUUAACCCCUCCCCUCGCACAUGCACUUUUUACGGUUACUUGUGCUGGGUAAAUUUAUAUACUGUUCUCAUUUGCUUUGCAUACAGUUCAUGGGGAGAAGGGCCCAAGAAACUGGUUUGAAUGUGAAACAGGUUAAUAGUGACUGAAAAUAUAUACUUUUUCAUCUGUUUCCUGUUGCCUAUAUGAGUCUCCAGUGAGUUUCUAAUAGGUGUCCUCUUAAAUCAAAUCACUAAUAUAGCUGCAAAUAAUUUUCACUUUCAUUGGCAUUUACAAUAUAGAAGCCAAAAAAAGAAAUGGACUCAAGACUGAACUAAGCCUAUCCAUGUUGACUAGUUAAUGUAUGGAAACUUGCAUUCCUAUUGCUUGAGCUGUAUCUGGUCUGUGAAUAAACAGAGGACUUCAUGGCUUUCAGUGAUAAAUCUCAAAAACACUACCCUUUUUUAAAAAAAACAACAAAAAAUGGUGGGAACUUGCUAAGUUCACUUUGUUUUUUGUUCUGUACACUUUUCUUUAAAUGUAAUGAAAUGAUUGGUACUUCAGCUUAUUCCUUGUUUUGCAGGGGAAGAUGCACAAAAUUUUCCAGCUUCUUGGCUUUGAAGCAAAAUCUAAGACAUAGGUCAUUGUGGCAAAGUGUUGCAAGUUCUGUACAUGUUUUUCUGUGUA